ACCGCGCCCCACAAAUUCAAAGCGACACAUAUGAAGUAGAGCGUUUGACGGCGCCAAGCUUCGCGUUGAUGCCGAGACGCGUUAAACGUGGCGUAUGGAAUAGCAGGCUUCAGAACCAAUCGGAGAAGAUAGGGAUGGUUGUCAUUCUCCAGAGUCGACCCCAAUCUUAUCCAGAUGUAUUACAGCUUCCAACUCUCAACAAGACACUCUGUGACUCGAGAACGAUAGCUCCCAGAGGUUUAUUGAAGUAUCGCGGGGCUAAAGGCCAAUCGCCCUCUCACCGCCCGUUACUGUCGGGCCCCUCCUCUUACGUCGGUGUCCCUCUCUUGAUCUCUCUCCUACUUUAUACUGACUUGUCCUUUACUUAUUCACACCUCCUACCCCACACAGCGUUCCAAUUUUCCUUCUUUUCUAUAAUCCUCUAUCAUCCGUCGAUUGCAUUCGGAUUGCUACUCUUCUCCGUGCUCGUUGAGCUAGGUACCUGGUACGCUGGGCGUUGCAACUUGAUUUAUCAUCACUAUUGA